UAACAAGUGUUUGUGUAUAAGCAAUAGAAUAUGUUGCGCAAAUUGUGUAUAUUAGUGCUAUCAGCAUGUUUUGUUAAGUGCAGUUAUGAUGAAGGUCAUUACACCAUCGUUGCACCAAGAUACAUUCGAGCCAAUUCUGAGUACCAUGUCUCAGCUUCGGUACACGACGCAAUUGAGCCGAGAACCAUUCGAUUGACCGUGAAAAAUGAUCGAGGCUUCAGAGACUCGAAAGAAGUUACUGUUCCACCAUACACCACUAAAAUGGUGCAGUUCAGCACUGGUGACCUGCAACACGGUAAUUAUUCAUUUGUCGCUGAAGGUGUGAGUGGAAUUAAAUUCACAAACGAAUCGAGAAUUUAUUUUAAAGAGAAAGUUGAAAACGUUUUCAUCCAAACUGAUAAAGCCAUGUACAAGCCCGGUGAUAAGGUGAAUUUCCGAGUUUUAGUAUUGGAUCUCAAUCUGAAACCUAGCGUGAUCAGAGGCGACAUGUUGGUGUUCAUUAGCGACAGCUCCAACAAUCGAGUUAAGCAGUGGCUAAAUGCAACGACAACCAAAGGCGUGUUCACUGGUGAACUUCAACUAUCCGACUAUCCCAAUUUGGGCAACUGGUACAUUAAUGUAGACGUGAACGGUGAAACGAAGAAGAAACUAUUUGAAAUUGCCGAGUACGUUCUGCCCAAAUAUCAAGUGAUUAUUGAUACAGAUAAAGACGUAACGUUCAAUGACGGCCAAAUACGCGUAACGGUCAGAGCUAAAUACACGUACGGAAAACCAGUGAGAGGACAGGCUGUUGUCUCUGUCAGUAAUAAUCGCUAUUUCUACAAUUCAGUGACAACCGGUAUUUUGUGUAGCCGAACGAUUUCACUUGAUGGCAAAGGCUAUGUUGAAUUCGAUAUGAAGGACGAUUUAAAGACUACCGACGAUUAUCAGAGAAAAUUUGACAUUGAAGCUGUGGUAACGGAAGAUUUAACUGGACGCACCCAGACCGGUAAAGCGUCAGUAAGAAUUCACAAAUAUAAGUUCACCAUUGCCACAGUAGAUGCACAGAAUUCUUACAAACCAGGACUGCCAUCGAAACUAGCGAUUAAAGUUGCUUACCACGACGGAUCCCCAGUUGUGGAUGCAGUCAACACUGUAAAAAUAACCCGCACCUCCGAUUCGUAUCAAUCGAUUGUUACUACGGAUGGAUACACCUUAGAUUCGAAUGGAAUGGCGUAUAUCAAAUAUUCCUCUCGUGAAUCCGGAUUUUACCUAAGCGCCCAAUAUCUAGAUUGUGUUCAAAACUUGGGCUACUUUUGGAGAUCUGAAUCUGAAGCAGGACAGUAUAUCCAAGCUAGAGUCCAAACAUCGAAUCCUCGCAUUGAUCACGAAGUUUCUGUUGAAGUUACUUCAACCGAGCCAUUGGACUACUUUACGUAUCAAAUAUUAGGACGUGGUGAUAUUAUCGUGACCCGAACGGAGAUGGUUCCAAAAACCAAUUACUUUGUGUUUAGUUUCAUGGCGUCAUUUGCAAUGGUGCCGAAAGCUAAAUUGAUUGUUUACUAUAUGAAAGAUGCGCAAAUCAUAUCCGACGCAAUUGAUAUUGAUUUCGGCGAAGAACUUCACAAUUUCGUAAAAGUCGACACAUCAGUCGAUCAGGCUCAACCCGGACAAAACAUUGAUAUAACGGUCUCAACGAGGCCCGGGUCGUUUGUCGGUUUGCUUGGUGUCGAUCAAAGUGUUAUUCUUCUGAAAGAUGGUAACGAUUUGUCGAAAUCGGAAGUUCUAAGGGAAUUGGACGAAUACAAUGGCAGAGAAAGAUUCGUAAGAUGGACCGAGUAUAAUAAAUGGCAAGACUUCGAUACCGUCGUGCUACUAACCAAUGCAGUUGAUCCACUACAAUGGCGAAUUCAUAACGACCGGCUUAGAUUUGGUGGUAGUACGACAAGUUAUUUUUCGGGAUCCUCGAGGUCAUACAGCAGUCUUUCGGAAAGCAAUUUCAUUGAAUCUGAGCAAAAAUCACCAGUUAUUCGGACGGAAUUUCCGGAAACAUUUAUUUGGGAUUAUAACGCCACGGAUAGCUCCGGAACGAGGACAAUUCAGAAAAGAGUUCCCGACACAAUAACAUCAUGGAUAAUUACUGGAUUCACCAUCAACGAUGUGUUCGGACUCGGUCUGACAAAAUCACCGAGGACCAUGAAGGUGUUCCAACCGUUCUUCGUUUCGUUGAACCUCCCAUAUUCGAUAAAACGAGGAGAAGCGGUCGCUAUACAAAUCGUUGUUUUCAACUACAUGGAUGAAACUGUUUACGCUACGGUUACAUUGGAAAAUGCAGAAAACGAAUUCGUUUACUCGGAUCCGUCCAACGAAGUCCUAGAAGCACCGAGAAUUGAACAAUUUCGUCAAAAGAACAUCUACAUCAAAGCGAAUGACGGUGCGCCAGUAUCAUUUCUGAUAACGCCCACAAAAGCUGGUCCUAUUAAAAUCAAAGUCACGGCCACUUCAGCUCUAGCUGGUGAUGCAGUUGAAAGGACUCUUCUGGUUGUACCUGAGGGCGUGCCACAAUACAAAACCGACGCAUUUUUUAUUGAUUUGAGACACAGAUCCGAGUUCAAUGAUAGGUUCACCGUUGAGAUACCAAGGAAUGCUGUGCCAGAUUCAACCCGAAUCACUGUAUCUGGAGUCGGCGACAUUAUGAGUAGUUCGAUCAAAAAUCUCGACCAACUCAUUCAAAUGCCCGGCGGGUGCGGUGAACAAAACAUGGUGUAUUUCGUUCCUUGCAUUGUGGCUAUCAACUACUUGAAGCAUACCGGUCAACUAACUAAGUCCAUUGAAAGUAAAGCGAAAAAUUUCAUGGAAAUCGGAUACCAAGAAGAACUGACUUACAAGCACAAUGAUGGGUCCUUCAGUGCGUUUGGUAAAUCAGACGGUAGUGGCAGUACAUGGCUGACAGCGUUUGUAGUGCGAUCGUUCCUUCAAGCCAGAAAUCACAUAAUGGUUGACGAAAACAUUAUCAGAGAAGCUUUGAAUUGGUUACACGACAAACAGGCUCUGGAUGGCAGUUUCCCGGAAGUGGGUCGAGUUAUCGAUCAGAAGAUGCAAGGGGGUUCUAGCAAGGGUGUAGCACUCACUGCCUUUGUAGUUACUGCAUUUUUAGAGGAUCAGACUAGGAUCGCCACUUAUCGUGACACUAUCAGUAGAGCUCUGGAAUACAUUAUUACGAACUUGGAAAGUGUCGAUGACACAUACUCCCUGGCAGUAGCAGCAUAUGCCACUCAACUGGCCAAUGAUCAAACUCGCACCGCCUUAUUCCAGAAAUUAGAUGCUAGCGCUAAGAUAAACGGAGACCUUAAACAUUGGGAAAUGGCCGUACCGCAAGAGGAGACCAGAAAUCCAUGGCUUUCGCAGCCGAAUUCAGUUAAUGUUGAAAUUACGGCAUAUGUCCUGCUGACAUUGAUCAACAAUAAUCAAAUAACGGAAGGUCUUCCGGUUAUGAGGUGGCUGUUGAGUCAGCAAAACGAAAAUGGUGGCUUCCAAUCGACUCAGGACACUGUUGUCGCCAUAACAGCUCUGGCCAAAUAUGCGGAAAAAAUACAGCUCCGUCAAGGCGCAGACGUUGCGAUUGGCGUCUCAUACAAUAACGGCAGAGAGUCAACAAUCAACAUAAACAAAGCGAACAGUUUGGUACUGCAUACGAUAGAGAUUCCGUCCGGUGUACGAUCCAUUAACGUUCAAGCUACCGGAAGCGGCUCCGCUCUGUGUCAGCUGUCCUACAGAUAUAAUCUGAAUGAAACCGGAGCAUGGCCUCGAUUUGUGCUGGAUCCAAAAGUGAACAGAAGCUCAAAUUCAGACCAUUUGCACUUAACCGUUUGCGCCAGCUUCAUUCCGUCCGGUGAUGUAACGGAAUCGAACAUGGCCGUAAUGGAAGUUUCAUUACCGAGUGGCGUUGUCGCCGAUUUAGAAACGAUACCGUCGCUACAGUCGUCCAGAGGAGUGAAGAAAGUUGAAACUAAAAAUGGAGACACAAUCGUCGUGGUAUACAUUGACAAAUUGGGUACGGAAACACUUUGCUUCGCCAUCGACGGAUAUAGAACGAGUAAAGUUGCCAAUCAAAAGCCAUCUCCGGUGAUAAUUUACGAUUACUACGACACUUCUAAGAAAGCGACAACGUUCUACCAAAGCUCCAAAAUUGAUUUAUGCGAAAUUUGCGACGACAUUGCGUGCAGGAACGCAUGUAUGGCUAAAACUGCCGCUUUAUAAUCCAACAUUGACGUACAAAUGAAUACAAAAUCUUCAAGAUGAGUACACAGUU